AUGAUGCAUCAAACCACGCCAACUGAAACAGUGCAAAAGAAAAAGCCUCUGCCAAAGAUUCCAAAAUUAACUGUAGAUCAGCAAAAGCACCGACAUUCAACGCCCAUUGUGCCUGGGCCAUCAUGGAUAACAACGGCAGUGGUUGAAUCUCCUCAGAUGAUGCAUAAUGACCUGCUAUUGACACAGGCAGCAGCAGCACCUCAACCUUACCACCAUGAUUCAAAUGCUUAUUACUAUGCACCACCACAGCAGUACUACUACAACAACUGGAAUCAAUGCAACAAUGUGUUUGAUUCGAAUCAGGAAUGGAAAACAUCGUUUAAAAAUAGCACAACCACAACGAGAUCUUCCCCUACUGCCACCACAUUGAUCACUCGAUCCGAUAGCCUAAAAAUAGAGUCCUCCAUGAGUGUACCUGUGCCUUUUCUCAAGAAUGGAUUGCUACCAUUAGAAACUCACUUUGAAAAACCAUAUGAGCCACCCAGCGAGGAGAUCACUGCCUCUCAACAGAUCAAAACCACUAUGCUACAAAGGAAGAUAUCCAAAGAAGAGGUUUGCUCUGUAGAGGAUCAGGAAGAAGCGCCUCAUUCAAAUUCCAUAUUGCUCCAAAAGUUGAAUCAAUUCUCAAAUCGCACUACGCCUGUCCACGCUAGCAAUGAGCAAGAUAACGGUGCUGCUUGUGCUCAGAUCGCUGCCACAUUCUUAUCCUUUAACGACAAAAUAGAAAAAGACACAUCUCUAAAUACCACUACUACAUCCAGCAGUAGCAAUAGUAGUAGUAGUCUGUCUACCCCCUCCUAUUCGGUCUCUUCCUUUUCCUAUCAUCCGGCAUCUACUUCCACAACGUCCCUGAAUACGUGUAACCAAAGACCGGGACCAUCCACAUCCACCUCCUCUUCCAAUGAGCACAAGUUACAAAGACACUGCAACUCAAUGCCACUGCUGACAGCCGCAAAUGAGUUUGAUGAGCAACAGCAACAAGAGGAAGAAGAUCCUUCAUAUGCUUUUUCUGCUGCUGAAAAGUACUUUGAUCAACCUGCAAGUGCCUCUUCUGUAUCUACACCUCGAAUUCCCUCGCCUUGGGAUACAUCCAACUCCAAGAGCUCCUUCUCUAUGGCAAGCAACGGCAACAACAAGAAGAUUAUCAGCCGUAUCUCGACAGGUUCAAUUCCCAACUUGGCUAUUUACACUGCUCAAGUUCCAGAUGAAAUCUCGUUGGAGUCUUCCAUUGGUAAUGAAGCUACUACUGACGCUAACGGUCGCAACAUGAGCCAAGCGGAGCAGUACUUUAAUGUACAUGGGAACAUUCAGUCUGUAGCGUCGUCUGCAUCAGAUGCUAUAGCCAUCAGCAGCACAGAUUCUCAUUUACAAGAAGCGCCAGGUCCAGCAUCUACCAAAUACUCGCUUAGUAUUGCAUCUUGUAGUCUAAUCAACAUCAGAUCAAACACCAAACUCUACCGUCGUAUGGCUCUCAAGACGCGCAAUGACGAAACUCAACUGACAUAUGCUAAAUAUCUGCUUCAAAUCUCCAAAUUGUACGACAAACAUAGUACAACACAACCAUCUAACAAGAUUGCGCCCAUCUCUAUGGCAAGUAGUAGUAAUGCCGGUAGCACCAAUCAUGGCAAUCAUGACGCCAACUUGACAAACACAAAAAGACAUUUGCAAGAAACACCUGCUCAAACAAGACAUCGACUUUUAUCCGAGGCUGGCUACUGGAUUGAACGUCUAGCAAAGGCUGGGAAGCCCGAAGCCCUGUUCAUCAAAGGUCGCUGGUAUCUGCUCGGCCCACAGGCCGAAGAUUGCGUUCUCAAGGGCUACGAAAAAGCGCAAGAAACCAAGGCGUUCAAGUGUUUCUUGAGAGCAUCCAAAGGCGGUUGGACUGAAGCCCACUAUGAGCUGGCUCAUCUAUGGAAAAAGCGAGGUAACUUUGCAAAGGCUAUCCAAUGUUAUGAAAAAGGCGCAAAAGAACAGCACACACUAUCUAUUUAUAAAAUGGCUAAAAUCUUACUGCGUGGCCAGUUAAAGAAGAAGAAAGACCUCAUUAAAGGAAUGCAAUAUCUAAAGCAGGCAGCUGACAUGAAUGAUUCUGCCUGUGCAGAGCCUGCUUUUGUCCUCGGCUGUAUCUACGCUAAUGAGUUUGAUCGCAUUGGAAUUCAAAGAUAUGUUGAUGAAGCAUCAAAGACGCCUAUUCACAACACCAAGGAAAAAGUGAACUACAGUUUAGCUCUUAAAUAUCUCAAGAAGUCAGCUCAUCACGGAUACCCUGACGCCAUCUAUUUCAUGGGACAAGUGUCUGAAACUGGCAUGCUAGGACAGCUUCAAGAUUCGUGGCAAGCAUAUCAGCAUUACAUGAAGGCAGCAGAAGUCAAUCAUGCGGGUGCUAUGCUAGAUCUCUCUCGUAUCUAUUCUCAAGGUAUUUCAGGUUUACUCGCUAUCCAAAAGGACACUGCUUUCAAAUGGUGCAAGCGUUCAGCUGAUCUCGGCUUUGACCAAGCUGAAUAUGUAUUAGGUAAAUAUUACGAGGACGGUAUUGGUGUUGCACCUGAUUUCCCUCGCGCUUUGGAAUAUUUUGGUAAAGCUGCUUCCAAAGGAUACCAACCUGCUGCGGAAAAGUUGAAUCGCCCCAUGGCAGAUGGAUCUCGCAGAAGACGCACCGUGAAAAAGGAUGAACAAGACCAUGCUGCUACUGGAAAAAAGUUCAUUCCCGUUGUUGUGUCCUUACCAAAAGUAAAACAAGAUGAUGACGACGAUCAUGAUACUGACCAUGAUGAUGAUACCCGCCAUAAGCUCAAUGCUAAUAGCAAUGGCAACAAUAUCUGCGCUAUUCAAUAG